GUGGCAGAGUUUGGUGGCGAGCUCGAGGCUUCGCGCAGUCUUGUGGAGUUGCGAGCUCUGGUGGAUACAGACUUGAAGCUGCUGCCGGGACCGUCGCUUGGAACUCGCCGGGUUAUGGACUGUUGAGACAUAGCAGUACAUUUUCCACGAAGUCAGGGCCCCGGUGCAGAGUCUCUCCUCCUCGGCAGGUCGGAGCGCGCUACGCGUGGUCCUCCUAACCAGGUCCUGCAGGAAGGUGUCUCGCUCGCCAGGUGUCACUUGGUCCUGUGCAGAACACUGAACACGGCCGGCGUGCAGCUCUUGCGUGCACAUCUGGCCCAACACCAGCACAUCCGCAAUGGGAAAGCAGAACAGCAAGCUCCGCCCCGAGGUGAUGCAGGACCUGCUGGAGAGCACGGACUUCACUGAGCACGAGAUCCAGGAGUGGUACAAGGGCUUCCUACGGGACUGCCCCAGCGGGGCCCUCACCAUGGAGGAGUUCAAGAAGAUCUACGGCAACUUCUUCCCGUACGGCGACGCUUCCAAGUUUGCCGAGCACGUGUUCCGCACCUUCGACGCCAACGGCGACGGGACGAUAGACUUCCGGGAGUUCAUCAUCGCUCUGAGCAUCACGUCCCGCGGCAGGCUGGAACAGAAGCUGAAGUGGGCCUUCAGCAUGUAUGACCUCGAUGGAAACGGCUACAUCAGCAAGUCCGAGAUGCUGGAGAUCGUGCAGGCGAUCUACAAGAUGGUGUCCUCCGUGAUGAAGAUGCCUGAGGACGAGUCCACGCCCGAGAAGCGGACGGAGAAGAUCUUCAGGCAGAUGGACACAAACCGCGAUGGCAAGUUGUCCCUCGAAGAGUUUGUUGAGGGCGCGAAGAACGACCCGUCCAUUGUCCGCCUGCUGCAGUGUGACCCCAGCAGCGCUGCCCAGUUGUAAACGAGGGCUUCGCGGGGUGUCCGAAUUCACCCCCUUAUUUAUUGUUCUGUUCCUUUUUUAAUGUAAAUUUUUUUUAGUGUUAUAUAACUCAGGCCAAGUAGCCUUGCAGUGAGCAGUAUGUUGGGUACUGUACAAACACGCACUUGCACACUUACUCCUCCUCUUGCAGUCACAUGUUUGUUUUAUACGAAGAAAUGGGCAGCCCCCCCCCCCCCCCAUCAGCACAUACAUAAAUAUGUAAAUACAGAAAGGUGUGUGCUGCUCUCCAGCUGUGGUUUUGUGCGAACAGUGUUCACGCGGAGGUCUUGGCCCUGUUAGAGGACUUAGACGCCUAAGAGGAACACGGACAAGUGCAAGAGGCUAAAUUGUACAUAGAUGAAGACCCCACCCACUGUAGAGCACACGCAGGGACACUGAGUAACCGGCAGUGUGAAGAAGAAGGUCUUUAUAAUGGGAUCCAGUCUCUGCAAGUGGAUUAGUGGAUUAUUAGGGACCUUUGCACUGUAAACUUUGCUUUUCUUUUUUUUUUUCCCCCCCCCUUUACAAUUUGCGAGGCAGAAUGUAGGCUGUAGAUUUUUAAGGGUUAAUUUUGUUAAAGAUUCAAAAGAAAGCGGGGAAAAAAAAAAAAUCACUGGAUGAUGUAGAAUGAAGUAUUUUAAUAGCUUUUGCGUAAUGACUUUUUAAAUAUUUCCUGCCAAUUAUUUCAGUAAAUUUAAGAUUCCUUAUUUUUAUUUGAACUCUCCAGUCUGCUUCUUGCUUUGGGUCAUUGUAUUUUCCCACAAUGCAACAUUGUCACUGAAAUGCUGGAUCAGUGAGAGAUGGGCUUGUUUUGGCCUGUAAAAGUUUGUAAAUCAACAAAUGUUGGUUGCAUAUCGGCAGCAGGGUGUGUGUCUGCUACCACUGUUCUUUGGAGGACUGCUGAGAGGUGGUGGGAAGCAGCAGAGCGCCUGGACACGCUACAGGAAGAGGAACGUGUCCAAUAUGAUCAUUCCGCAGUUCCUGUUUUUCAGCUCUCAAGGAGCUUUGGUGUCACACUCUUUGCUCCCUGGGUCUCCUGUGUAUCUCGUUUUCUAUUUGUCACGCAUACGGUGUAAGAGAAAGCGUAAAGUAGAAAAUGACAGACUGGUGUAUUUUCAAGGAAAUAGUGUGGCGAUUGCAGCGUCAAAUCGUACAUGUCACAUUAAGGUGACAUUUUGUGCAGUACAGUGAUAUGCGGGAAGACCACACGUUAGGCCGGAGCGCUGGGUUAGAAGGCGGUCACGUGGACCGUGUGACGCGAUUGAGUUCGUUCCCAGGUCGCAACACGUGGCGCAGCACUAGCCCGUUGCAGCUUACUUCUCCGGUUGUCUUUUCAGUUUAUGUGCAAACAAGUCUGUAAACAAAUGAGAGUGUCAUUGUAUUUCUUUAAAGAAAAAAAUACUAAUUUGUAUUUCACUGU